UUCUGUUGACAAGUAAACGUAGUGAUGUUAAAACCACAACUCAUGCAAGAGAAAUCAAUACUUCUUUAAGCUCUCCCUCCUCCCCUUUCUCUAAAUCCUCUCAGCCAUAGAAGACUUGCAUCAUUUUGAUGGCAUUUUCUUCGUCUCUCUCUUCUUCUACUCGCCAUUGUUUUACAUAUCCAAACUAGGAGCUCUCAAGUUGCUCUUCAACAUGAAUGAUCAUAUGUGCAUUGUAAAAUUUAAAUUGGUUGGAGUUGUGCAUCCCUUUUCAUCUUUCUUGCUUGCAAAUCGGCUGGGUUUGCUUUUCCAGUUUUUUGCAAAUAAAAUCUCUGAUCUUCUUUAGUUUCCUCAAAGCAUGCGUCAUUAUCUCAAUAAAUUUGGGCGAAUUCUUUUGGUUUAUGCAGCGAUGUCAGGAGAAGCGAGCAUCCGGGAUCCCGAGCAGUGGUUCUUCUUCUGUCCAAGGCAAGAAAGAGAAGCACGAGGGGGAAAACCAACACGCACCACCCCUUCCGGCUACUGGAAGGUGACCGGCUCCCCAGGCUAUGUUCUCUCGUCGCAGAACCUGAGGAUAGGUUGGAAGAAGACCAUGGUUUUCUACACAGGAAGAGCUCCCACUGGGACCAAAACCAAGUGGAAGAUGAACGAAUAUAAAGCUCUUGAAGAAGCAGCAGCAUCAACAUCAACCACUCCUCCAAGGCUAAGGAAUGAAUUUAGCGUGUGCCGGGUGUACAUCAAAUCUGGGACCCUGAGGUCGUUUGAUCGGCGGCCUUCUGCAUCCAUCGCCAUGAACUACAGUGAGAGCCAGCGAAGAAAUCCUGAGACAUCCUCCUCAGCCAACCCACAGAUAGCUGAUCAGAGGACCAGUUCUCACGGCAGCUCAUCACCGGGGGACGAUGGCUCGCAGCCCCUGGCCGCUGGUGCAACCUUCGAUUGGGACAUGCUUGAAGACAUCAUCUAUCCGGAGCAGUUUUGAUUGGGAGUGUGAGAGAACCGAGAGCUUUAACCAGCAUGAACAAUUAAAAUGUCUUCAUCUGAGAAUUCAUCUCUUUUUCAGUAGAUUGAACUCUUCAGCUGGUUCGUGUCAGCGCUGACAUAAAGAUUAAUUUUAGCAAAAUAUUUCAGCAGCCAAAGAAACUUCCUACAUAGAAUUGUUGGCAUUGUUGUUGGAAAGCUGUGACAGGAAAAAUAAAGAGGCAAUGGUGACUCCAUGCGGGGAAAAGGGCACAAAAACGGGCCUAACUCGACUUUGACUGCUGUCGCUAUGGACUUUCCAUGGAAAUUUGGCCUUGUGGUGUCUCUUUAGAACAAAGAAGCUAGAAUCUUCCUCCUAGAAUUGUGGGCCAUGCCCUACGUACCCAUGAUAAUGGUAGCAGAAACACAGAUAUUUUCCGG